AAAGACAUGGAAAUGGAACCAUUAUUAACCCAGACAAGAAAAAGUAAUGGAGACGUAUCACAAGAACCAGAGGAUGACGACAUGUCUGACCUAAGGUCAACAGAAAACCAUUCCCAAGAUAUGCCAGAGAGCAAGGAUGGAGAAUACUCAUUUACUACACAAGCUGAUAUUCACCCUGUUCCACAUGUCAUUGUGUUCAAAAAAGACGAAAAUAAAGAUAUGUGUACAAGAAACUUUACAGGAACGUGCCCUCACAAAGAUACAGAUGUGUAUGAAAUUGAUACUGAAGUAGAAAAACUGGCUAAAAAUGAGCAUGGCCAGGAGAAAAUUCGCGUCGUAAAUGGUGAAGAAGAACUGUUUACUGAAAAAAUUCCAAUAAUUGACCACAAUAAAGUUCCAGAUUUGUCUAAAAAUGGUGAUGAAGAAUUCAAGCUGGCUAAAGAAUAUACUGCAACCGGCCCUGUCAAAUUUCCUGUUGCGUCAGAAAACGAUAGGAAAGAGAGUUAUUCUAACAAUCUUAAAGUACGUAGUCGUCAAAUCCUUCCAGUUGUUCAAGAAAUUAAUGAAAAAGGAGACUGUUCUACUGAACAGCCUAUCGAAAUCGGCCGUCACAAGGAGCAAGAUGCACAUAUCAAUCAUAUGAUAAAAGACGUUUCUGAGAAGGUUAUAAAUGAUAAAAUAAAAAACGUCUCUGAGAAAGGAUUACACAUUACAAACCCUCAAAAUGUUGAAGAUUUGCUCACAAAUGAUAAAACCGAGAACAUGCCUACUGAUGAAACUACAGCAAAGAAGGAUAUGAAUUAUAGUGAUCACCAAAUUCCAAAUGUUCUAAAAACUGAUAAGACAGUAGAUCUUCCCAAACAUCCACAUGAAGUUGAAAACAAUGAUACAGAAAAAAUUUUAGUUGCAAGAAAAUGUGGAGGAAUCAACCAUCAUUCUAGUCGAAAUGUCAUGAAUGUUGAAGAAGAGAACAUGCCUUCGCCAAAUACACAGUCAGGUUUUAAAAAUGUUGGAACUGGCUUGGAGAAAGAAAGUAAAAUACAAACUCAAAUUUACGAAGCUCGAAAAUCUUAAAAAUUAGGGGACAGGCCAGUGGAGAAUCAAUUACUGGACAAUGUAUUUUAGGUCUAAGUUAUAUUUUAUUUUGUUUUCCAAUUUAAUUUUAAUUAACAAUUAUACACUAAAUUAUAUAAGUUUAAAUGUUAAAACAUUAUUAAGAAUAGUUGGAAAUUUAGUUGAUUCUAUAGUAAAAAUGUAGUCUAUUAUUUCGGAAAACACAUUGGUUUUUAGCUCACCUGUCACAAAGUGACAGGGUGAGCUUUUGUGAUCGCUUUUCGUCCGGCGUCCGUCCGGCGUCCGUCCGUCCGUCGUCCGUCCGUAAACUUUUACUUUAAAUGACAUCUCCUCAUAAACCACUAAGCCAAUUUCAUCCAAACUUCACAGGAAUGUUCCUUUGGUGGUCACCUUUAAAAAUUGUUCAAAGAAUUUAAUUCCAUGCAGAACUCUGGUUGCCAUGGCAACCGAAAGAAAAAACUUUAAAUAUCUUCUUUUAAAAAACCGUAAGAGCUAGAGCUUAGAUAUUGGGCAUGAAACAUCUUCUAGUGA